GCUGGGGGCCCUGGAUCCGGGGGGAGCAGAGGGUCGUGACCCCGGAUAUCUGGAUCCUCCACUGGAAGCGCGCUGGGUCUCUGACGCCUGGGUCCCGGGAAAGCGUCCUCCCUCGUGGCUGCGGCCGCGCGAUCUCGCCUCUCCAGCCGCAGCGGGGAGAGGCAUUCAGGACUUCAACUCCCAGCAGACUCUGCGCCGCCGGGUCUAUGAAGCCGCAGCACCGGGAGCGCAAGACCUGCCGGGAAUUGUAGUCUAUCCGGCACCCCCCUCUCAUCGCCUGGCGCGUGAGGACCCGUCCGCAGCCCCUUGUCCGCCCUUCAACCCCCAUGGGCUGCCACCAGCCGCCGCCUCGGCUGCCACCCAGGACUCGGCAAGGAUAAGCGCAGGCCCUCCCAGUCUCUUCCUCCUUGUCCAUUUGUCUCAAUUCUCUGUCCUCUUGUCCAUUCACACCAAUCUCUGUCCCCUUGGCUGUUCAGCCCAUUACCCUCUUCUUGCCUGCCCAUCUGCCCUUAAUUUCUUUUCCCUCGUCCAUCCCUCCUUACUGUUCUUACCCGUGUCAUCUGCCCCCAAUCUCUGUCCCCUCGCCUAUCCUUCCUUUUCUCUCUUUCUCUCCCCUCCUCUUAUCUCUGCACCCAUCUCCCCCCAUCCUCUUCCCCAUCUGCACCCUUGCCCGGCCCCUCCCAAGCACAGGACCCGCCGGCCACCAUGUCAGGAGACUACGAGGAUGACCUCUGCCGGCGGGCACUCAUCCUGGUCUCGGACCUCUGUGCGCGGGUCCGAGAUGCUGACACCAGUGACAGGUGCCAGGAGUUCAACGACCUGCGGAUCCGAGGCUAUCCCCGGGGCCCAGAUGCAGACAUCUCCGUGAGCCUGCUGUCGGUCAUCGUGACGUUCUGUGGCAUUGUCCUUCUGGGCGUCUCCCUCUUCGUGUCCUGGAAGUUGUGCUGGGUGCCCUGGCGGGACAAGGGAGGCUCAGCGGUGGGCGGUGGCCCCCUCCGCAAAGACCUAGGCCCUGGGGUCGGGCUGGCAGGCCUGGUAGGCGGCAGUGGGCACCACCUGGGGGCUGGCCUGGGUGGCCAUCCUCUGCUGGGGGGCCCACACCAUCAUGCCCAUACCGCCCACCAUCCGCCCUUCGCUGAGCUGCUGGAGCCAGGCAGCCUCGGGGGCUCGGACACCCCCGAGCCCUCCUACUUGGACAUGGACUCGUAUCCAGAGGCCGCAGCAGCCGCAGUAGCCGCUGGGGUCAAACCCAGCCAGACAUCCCCUGAGCUGCCCUCUGAAGGCGGGACAGGCUCUGGGCUGCUCCUGCUGCCCUCCAGUGGUGGGGGCUUGCCCAGUGCCCAGUCGCAUCAGCAGGUCACAAGCCUGGCACCCACCACCAGGUACCCGGCCCUGCCCCGGCCCCUCACCCAGCAGACCCUGACCCCCCAGCCGGACCUGGGCAGUGAGGAGCGGCCGCCCGCCCUCCCCUUACCCCUGCCGGGCGGGGAGGAAAAGGCCAAGCUCAUCGGGCAGAUCAAGCCGGAGCUGUACCAGGGGACUGGGCCCGGGGGCCGGCGGGGCGGCGGGGCCCCGGGCUCCGGAGAGGCCGGCGCGGGGGCGCCCUGCGGCCGUAUCAGCUUCGCCCUGCGGUACCUCUACGGCUCCGACCAGCUGGUGGUGCGGAUCCUGCAGGCCCUGGACCUCCCGGCCAAGGACUCCAAUGGCUUCUCAGACCCCUACGUCAAGAUCUACCUGCUGCCUGACCGCAAGAAGAAGUUUCAGACCAAGGUGCACAGGAAGACUCUGAACCCCGUGUUCAACGAGACCUUCCAGUUCUCCGUGCCCCUGGCUGAACUGGCCCAGCGCAAACUGCACUUCAGCGUCUAUGACUUCGACCGCUUCUCGCGGCACGACCUCAUCGGCCAGGUGGUGCUGGAGAACCUCCUGGAGCUGGCCGAGCAGCCCCCCGACCGCCCGCUGUGGAGGGACAUCGUGGAGGGCGGCUCGGAAAAGGCAGAUCUUGGGGAGCUCAACUUCUCACUCUGCUACCUCCCCACGGCCGGGCGCCUCACCGUGACCAUCAUCAAAGCCUCCAACCUCAAAGCGAUGGACCUCACUGGCUUCUCGGACCCCUACGUGAAGGCCUCUCUGAUCAGCGAGGGGCGGCGUCUGAAGAAGCGGAAAACCUCCAUCAAGAAGAACACGCUGAACCCCACAUACAACGAGGCGCUCGUGUUCGACGUGGCCCCCGAGAGCGUGGAGAACGUGGGGCUCAGCAUCGCCGUGGUGGACUACGAUUGCAUCGGGCACAACGAGGUGAUCGGCGUGUGCCGCGUGGGCCCCGACGCCGCCGACCCCCACGGCCGCGAGCACUGGGCCGAGAUGCUGGCCAACCCCCGCAAGCCCGUGGAGCACUGGCAUCAGCUGGUGGAGGAAAAGACUUUGACCAGCUUCACAAAAGGCAGCAAAGGAUUGUCAGAGAAAGAGAACUCAGAGUGAGGGGUCUGGCCUCAGCCCAGGAUGGGACCAGGCCCCCUCAGGACCCCAUCCCUUCCUGCCCGGACUGUGAAUUCAUCUCCUCGAAGCCAUAACGUCCGAGCUGCGUGGUGCGGGCCGCCCUGGGCAUGCCCGUCCUUCUAGCCCUGGAGGCGUGAGGGGGGGGGCAGGCGGGCCCAGCGCCCUGUUUCAGGGUGGGGGGCAUUCAGUCUCCACUGUGUCUGUCUUCCCUUCCCCGGGGCUCCCUUCCAGGUGAGGGGCCGUGCAUGUCUGGGGGACCCCUGCCCCCAAAACCCUCCAUCUGUCUGUCUGUCUCUUUGCUGUUUGUCCAAGACUUGGUGUCCUGACCCUCGUUCUCACCGUGAAUGUCAAUGGACCAAUCCUCCGUGUUCCCCCAGACACACACACCUGUGGCCACCCCUUCUGUUCGCCACACCCUGUGUCUGGCCGAUCCCCCACUGCUGCUGCUAUCAAUGCCAGAAUAAAUACACACGAUGGGUCUCACUCCACCUGGGGCUCCUGUCCU